AUGAAUGAAAUUUUACACUUUAGGCCAGUGUUCCAGGAAGUCUCCCUGCCCACGAGGCUCAAAUGGUCCUGUCUAACUCCUGUACGUAACGUUCCAUCGCUACCGUUCUUUCUGAACUGGGUAGAAGGGCGCAGCCGACCGCGGGGAAAAUGGUGCCCAGGCUCUGCUCCGACCCCUCCGCCAGCGGUCCGCAGCGCGAGCGCGAACCGAGAUGUCGCAGUGCCCUUUUCCACCGGUUUCAAAGCACCGCAAAGCGGCGCCGCUCACGCUGGCGGCGCUCUUCGGGGGACGUCGGGGCGGCUGGCCAGGGGGAAGGCGCGCCUCGCCCGCCCCUUCCUUGCGGCGGAGCGCGGAGCGCAGGCCGGGCGG